UUAUGCCUCCUCCCCCAGCGUCCCCGUUGAACACCCGUGGUGAAGCAGCGCAUGCUAUUGGGAGGAAGAACCAACUUUCUGGGGUAGCCUACAACACAAAAUAGCUUACUACGCGCUGUGAACAUGGCUGCAGUUACAACCAAAGGUACCGAACAAGACUCCACACCGACAAACGAGCAAAAUGGAACAUUGGACAAAGGAGAAAAUGGGAAUAAGAAGCAGGGCCCCGCAGACUCGAAACAGGAACCGGGUGACAACAAGGACGGACCAGAAAUGGACGUGAGCAACCGAGACAGCAAAGAGGAGAAGCAUUCAGUCGCACUAGAAGUCGCAAAAGAAUCGGUUUUGUCCACGGAAAAUGGUAACAAAGAAGAACCGACCUGUGAACUGUCUGAACCGGUUAAAAGUCCCGUGGAGGGAAUCCCUGCGAGCAGCACCGAAACCCGGGAGAGCAUCGUGGAGCUGAAACCAGAACAAAGAGAGGAGAGCGCGUCCUCGCCUCCCAGCUCCGACAAGACCAAAAGCGAGGAAUCCACGGAGAAAACCGACCGCGGUAUCAAAAGACGGGCCAGUGUGGAGAUUUCAUCCUCUGAUGGAGAACCUCUCAGUCGAAUGGAUUCGGAAGACAGUAUCAGCAGUACUCUGAUGGACAUGGAGAGCACAGCGUCCAGCGGGCGCUCCACACCUGCCAUGAUGAACGGGCACGGCCCGGGCACCGCCACCCCGUCGGUGGGUAAGGGCGUGGCAUACACCUGCUGCUGGGACCAAUGCCAGCUCCUCUUCACCACCAGCCCAGACCUGGCUGAGCACAUCAGGGGCGUGCACGUGGACGGACAGCGGGGAGGGGUAUGCAGUGUGUUUGUGUGUCUGUGGAAGGGCUGCAAGGUCUAUAACACCCCGUCGACCAGUCAGAGCUGGCUUCAGAGACACAUGGUCUCACACAGUGGAGACAAACCAUUCAAGUGUGUGGUGGGGGGUUGCAAUGCCACGUUUGCCUCCCAGGGGGGGCUGGCGCGCCACGUACCCACCCACUUCAGCUCCCAGAACUCCAACAAGCUGGCCAAUCAGGGCAAGAUGAAGGAGGAUUCACCUUCGAAGGCGGGGCUUAACAAGAGGCGGAAACUCAAGAAUAAACGCAGGAGGUCUUUACUGUGUUCUGUCCCUCCAGCACGACCUCACGACUUCUUUGAUGCCCAGACCAUGGAUGCUAUCAGACACCGGGCCAUCUGCCUCAACCUGGCUACACAUAUAGAGAGCCUGGGCAACGGACACAGUGUGGUGUUUCACAGCACGGUAAUAGCGAGGAGGAAGGAAGAUUCUGGGAAGGUUAAAGUCCUCCUCCACUGGACUCCCGAGGACAUACUUCCUGAUGUGUGGGUGAAUGAGAGUGACCGGCCGCAGCAGAAGACCAAGGUGGUCCAUCUCUCCCAGUUGCCCCAGGACACACAUGUACUGCUGGACCCCAACAUAUACAGGAUGUUCUUCUAGAGACUAAGAACAACCAAUCAAGAGACUUCGAAGGAGCCUGCUGAUAUCACCUCUCAUAGGAAGUCCCUAUGUCUUGUCUGGGCAGGAGUGAAAACCAGAGAUUUCAAUACCUUAUUUCCCCCUUUUUUCUUGGUUCAAUUUCUGCUCUUUUCACUUUCUUUUCAAUGUCAAAUUCCUCCAAAUGACAAAGUGAAUUUAGUAUUAGUUUUGAAUGGUUUCUGAAAAUACACUAUGUACACAGUAGUGUGUGGACACCCCUACAAAUUAGCGGAUUUGGCUAUUUCAGCCACACCCAUUGCUGACAGAUGUAUUAAAUUGGGCACACAGCCAUGCAAUCUCCAUAGACAAACAUUUGCAGUGGAAUGGCCUUACUGAAGAGCUCAGUGAAUUUCAACAUGGCACCGUCAUAGGAUGCCACCUUUCCAACAAGUCAGUUUUCUGCCCUGCUAAAGCUGUCAUGGUCAGCUGUAGGUGUUUUUAUUGUGAACUGGAAAUGUCUAGGAUCAACAACGGCUCAGCCGCGAAGUGGUAGGCCACAAAAGCUCACAGAAUGGAAGUGCUGAAGCACAUAGUGUGUAAACAUUGUCUGUCCUCGGUUUCAGCACUCACUACGGAGUUCCAAAUUGCCUCUUGACGCAACAUCAACCCAAGAACUGUUCGUCGGGAGUUUCAUUAAGUGGGUUUCCAUGACCCGAGCAGCUGCACACAAGCCUUAGAUCACCAUGCGCCAAGCCAAGCAGUGGCUGGUGUAAAGCUCCCCUCCAUUGGACUCUGGCGCAGUGGAAACGCAUUCUCUGGAGUGAUGAAUCACGCUUCACCAUCUGGCAGUCUGACGGCCAAAUCUAGGCUUGGCGGAUGCCACCUGCCCAAACGCAUAGUGCCAACUGUAAAGUUUGGAGGAAGAAUACUUUUUUCAUGGUUUAGGCUAGGGCCCUUAGUUCCAGUGAAGGGAAAUAUUAACCCUACAGCAUACGAUAUUCUAGACGCUAUGUGCUUCCAACUUUGUGGCAACAGUUUGGGGAAGGCCCUUUCCUGUUUCAGCAUGACAAUGCCCACAUGCACAAAGCAAGGUCCAUACAGAAAUGGUUUGUCGAGAUCGGUGUGAAAGAAGCUGACUUGCCUGCAGAGGGCCCUGACCUCAACUCAAUCGAACCUUUGGGAUGAAUUGGAACGCCGACUGCGAGCCAGGCCUCAUCGGCCAACAUCCGUGACUGCCCGACCUCACUAAUGCGCUUGUGGCUGAAUGGAAACAAGUCCCCGCGGCAAUGUUUCAACAUCUAGUGGAAAGCCUUCCCAGAAGACCGGAGUCUGUUAUAGCAGCAAAGGGGGGGACCAACUCCAUAUUAAUGCCCAUGAUUUUGGAAUGAGAUGUUUGACGAGCAGGUGUCCACAUACUUUUGGUAAUGUAGUGUAGGCCAAAUGUAUUAUAUACUAGGUGCUAAACAUUUGAGCCAUUAGGUGGGUGCUUUUGUAAGUUUAAGGUAGUACAACUAGACUACGAGCUUAACAGCACAGUUACUUGAUGUUGUAGAGACCUAGUUGCAUUUUGUAGAGAAACUUGUCUUUGUAAAUACUCCUGGAGAUUGGUAAUAUAUUUUUAUACCUGGAAAUUGUACUGUAGAGGAUUUAUUAUUUCUGCUCCAAUGUUUUUAAAAUGUUUUAAACUGUAAUAAUUGUACAUAAUGCAAUAGGAAAAUAGUUUUGACGGACGAUAUCAAUUCCUUAUUAUUUCUUUAAAGGCUGUUUAAGUACACCCUGCGUUUGUCUGACACUAGCUAGGUAAAUUUUACCCUCGCAGCUUUUGAUGGUCACGAUGACGAGGAAGGUGUAUGUGUUUAUCUUUGUGCUGCUGGCAAUAGACAACAACAGUAUUAACCCCUCUCCAGUCUUCUGUCAGACUGGCUAGCUGACCUCUGCAUUUUAGUGUCCACAGGGAUUAGAGACGAUCAUGUUGAACUAUACAGUAGGACUGUUCUUCACGGUCUGUCUGAACAUCAGAGGUCCAUUUAUAACGUGGCAUCACGGGUCUUUUGAAAUAAAAUGUUUUCAAUAAAAA